UUCAGACCCAGACUUGAGGCCUGUCCAGCAACCGCACAUGAAUACUGAGCGAUUCCUUUGAAAGACUUGUGGCUAGCUUGCAGACCUUUGGGAAUUACGAUUUCGAUCAAGAUGUGGGUUCGAAACACUCGGAUUAGUAUGGACGUGGAUAAUUUUCUAUCUUGGCAUCAGCAAGUUUAUGUGGGCAAGUGCUAGUGAAAUAGCACCGCAACACCGAAGUGCGGGGGCGAUUAGCACCCCCUAAUCCGAAUAAAUUCGAUAUCAAUUCCAUUGCUUUUUGGUGAACAUUUGUCCAGAGCUUACUUGGAUUGGCGAACAUGAAAGAUGGAGCCCCGCCCCGCCGACCGCGUGGCAUGGUUAAUACGCUGAAGGCCAACAGAGGUCGGCCUCCGUUUCGCACCUGGCCCGUCGAAACCGCGCGGCGUCCAAUUACACGUAUUUAUAGCAACCCGACAGCACGGCGGACCCCUAGGUUCUUAGCUCAGCGGUGUUUGAUGGCUGGCCCUGUCGGCCUGGAAACACGCCCGCCUCAACGUUGUCGGUGGCAUUGGCAUUCCGUAGGAGUGGAAGUGCCGCUGGUGUCCGCCGGGGCCAUUCAACCUAGCACAAGACCAACCGCACUAAACGAUUGCGAGCGGCGUCAGUCUGUGUUCCAGAAGCCGCGGUGGUCCAAUGAUGACGCCGAGCCGCAGAGCGGGCGGCCAGCGAGCCCCACAAAGGGGGGGCGGGGGCCUAAGGUUGACCAAGGGAACCGAAGAGAGCUGGCGAGCCCCUCUAUUCCCAUUUCGCCCCUCACUGCGUCAAGGCCAAAUAGAAAACCCAGGAACUCCCAUCGCCGUGCCCUGCCCUGCCUGCCCCCCUCCGAGUCCCUUGACCUGCGAGUGAAGCCGAACGUAUUGCCAAUUUCCCGUGCCUGAAUUGUUUUCCCCAGCGAACAAGCACGAGCACGAGCAAACCCAGCUGCGAAACCUCUCAAAACUCACCCACCGGUAGCUCGUCAGCUUCCAUCAAUCGCCUACCAUGGCCACCCAAGACGAUGAUCUGAUGCC